AUGUUUAACCGCAAUAAUAUACCCACCCUGCCGAACCCAUUUGGAAGCGGCCAACAACAGCCACCCCCGUCGCGUCGUCCUCAGCAACCCCCACCAACUUACGAUCAGAAGCCUUCAAGACCAUCAGGCAGAGCCAUGAGACUACGCCCGUACCAACUGAAGGAACCGACCUUUGUCUUCGGUAACAUAUGCGCUGUAUCGCCCCAAGACUUCGCCCCAAGCCCUGACGGUAGCGACCUCUAUCUGCUCAUCAAUGGCUUCUUCGUCAUCUCAGCACGCAUCAAGCAAGGCUUCCCUGGCGGUCACAUUAGCAUGUCUGACCCCCAGCGAACAUGGAUGCAAAUUGCCCUCACAGACGAGAUCGACGUACAACCCUACGACGCCUUCUCGCAAGGAGCUUCGAGCUACCUAGGCAAUCUCGACGUAGAAGUUGGCUUUGCUGGAAAGAAGUCAACAGAGGCGCCCUACGACCAGGACGAGCUCGCUGCAGCUUUCAUUCACAAUUUCCGCAACCAGAUCUUUUCUCCUGGCCAGCAGUUACUCAUGGACUAUAAGGGCAUACCUCUCCGAAUGAUCGUCAAGACAGUAGAGCUAGUAGAUCUGUCCAUGAAGACCGAAUCUCAAAGCGCCCCCACGCCCGACCCGCGUUCUCGUGGCAUCUUGACUCAAGAAACACAGAUCAACUACUACAAGGACAUCAAGACUGGUAUCAACAUCAAGGGCUCCAACCGUCGUCCUGCUGCCAACUCGGUCGUCCGACCCGACUUCAAAUUCGAGAACAUGGGUAUUGGUGGUCUGGACACUGAAUUCGCUGCCAUCUUCCGUCGUGCCUUCGCUUCCAGAAUUUUCCCGCCUGGCCUUGCUGACAAGUUGGGUAUCCAGCACGUUCGCGGUAUCCUGCUGUAUGGUCCCCCUGGAACUGGUAAAACCCUGAUCGCUAGACAAAUCGGAAAGAUGCUCAAUGCCAGAGAGCCAAAGGUCAUCAACGGUCCUGAAGUCCUUAACAAGUAUGUCGGCCAGUCUGAGGAGAACAUCCGUAAGCUAUUCGCAGACGCCGAGAAAGAAUACAAGGAGAAGGGUGACGAAUCGGGUCUGCAUAUUAUCAUCUUCGAUGAACUGGAUGCCGUCUGCAAGCAGAGAGGUUCCGGAGCUGGUGGCGGCACUGGUGUUGGCGACAGUGUCGUCAACCAGUUGCUGUCAAAGCUCGAUGGCGUCGACCAAUUGAACAAUAUCCUGCUCAUCGGCAUGACCAACAGAAAGGACAUGAUUGAUGAAGCACUUCUCAGAUCCGGUCGUCUUGAAGUUCAUAUGGAAAUCUCGUUACCCGACGAGCAUGGCAGAGCUCAGAUUCUCAAAAUUCAUACCACCAAGAUGCGCGAGAACAACGUCAUGGGCGACGAUGUUAACCUCCAGGAGCUCGCUCAAUUGACGCGCAACUUCAGUGGUGCUGAGAUCAGUGGUCUAGUCAAGAGUGCUUCAAGUUUCGCGUUCAAUCGUCACAUCAAGGUUGGCACACUGGCUGCAAUCGACGACAAGAACAUCGCCAACAUGAAAGUCAUGCAUCAAGAUUUCUUGGACGCCCUCAACGAAGUUCAGCCUCUGUUCGGUGUGUCCGAAGAAGAGCUUGAUCGUUGCGUCGAAGGUGGUAUCAUUCACUUCGGCAAGCACAUCGACAGCAUCCUCGAACGUGGUCGUCUGUUUGUCAACCAAGUACGCUCCGGAGAUACUCCUUUACUUUCCGUACUGCUAUACGGCCCUCGUGGAAGCGGAAAGACCGCUUUGGCGGCCCAAAUGGCACUGGACUCUGAGUUCCCCUUCAUCAAACUUAUCAAGCCUGUUGAUAUUGUCGGCAUGAACGAGAUUCAGAAGAUCCAGUACAUCCAAAAGGUCUUCACAGACGCUUACAAAAGUCCUCAGAACGUACUGGUUCUGGACAAUAUCGAGUUGCUCAUUGACUGGGUUCCGGUAGGCCCUCGUUUCAGUGCUAGCGUUCUGGCCGCUCUGAAGGGUAUGAUGCAGAACAAACCACCAAAGGGUCGACCCCUGCUCAUUUUCGCCACAACUUCAUCGCGGAGCGUACUCCAACAGCUCCAGCUCGAUUUCUCUGCGCAAAUAGCAGUACCAAACGUCCAGACACAGCCUGAAUUGGCCGCCAUUAUGAAGCAAAGUGGCGUAUUCUCAGAUCCCGACAUCAAUCGUGCGCUCGGAGAGAUAGAGGAGACUACUGGCUCGAAGACGAUUAACGUCGGCGUGUCCAGUAUACUGCUAGCCAUCCAGACGGCGAAGCAAGAUCAAGACAAGACUGGUAGAUUCGCCGAAGUACUUAGCGAGAUGUGUGCAGAUAAUGCAGUGAUGUAG